CCUCAACAGGCCAUGUAUCCACCGCCGUCCCCGAUCUUCGACGUUCCUGAGCUCCCAGCGACGCUCCGCCGCGUGAAGCCGCUCCCGAAGCGCAGACGCACCUCGGACCCCACCUCGCAUGACGACCACGAGUUCCGUACCAGCUCCCCGGCCCCAGGGAUGGGGACGGGGGUGAACACCCCGCAGGAGUCGCAUGACGGGGCGGACGACAAUGUCCCGGCGACACCCGACCCGACGUUCGCGGCGCAAAUGGCGCUCCAGGCGUACUAUGGGCCCGUCCUGGGCGGCGUCCGCGACCUCUUCAAGAACAUGCCCACCCCAGACCGGGGCAGGGCCGGGGAGGACGACGCCUCGCGGACGUCCACGCCCAUCUCUAUCGAUCUCAGCGCGGCGCUCGCGGCCGGCUUCGGGACCGGGGCCGGGUGGUAUGGGAGCGUCGUCGGGGGACUAGGCGGUUUGGGCGGUGGGUACGAGCAGGACGACGAGGACGGGGACGGCGGGGAUUAUGUGGACCACUUGCAGCAGCCGGGGAACACGAAGAAGCGGAAGGUGCCCGCGAACAUGUCCGGGUCCGCGCACGGGCACGAUGGGGGCUCUGGCGGGUCCGGGGCGGAGGACGAGGGCGCGGAUAGGGCCAUGCCGACGGGGCGGGAGCGGGACGUGGACGCCGUUGUGGGCGGCGUGGUAGGCGCAGGGACGGGCGGAGGCGGAGGCGGGGGAGGGGGCGCACACGGCUCCCUCGCGCUGGCGGGGAAGAAGGGGCGGCUAUCGCGCGCGACGCUUGCGGGCCUGCAGCACAAGGCGAUGCUGAGGAGCCGGAAGCGGCAGCUCGCUACAGUGCUCGGGACGCUCGCUCAUGGGGACACGCUCGCGCUCGACCAGGCUUUGUCGGCGCACCAUAUCUUCGUGCAGCCGCAUACUCGGGUUCACCUCUCCCGGCGGCGCACGUCGCGCUUCGCGCGGGCUUUGAAAGCCUACAUGCAAUCGCACCCGCCUGGAGAAGGCGAAGGGGAAAGUAAAGAGAACGAGGUGCCGUCUUCCGACUUCACGUUUGUCGUCCACAGUGCCACUUCGGAGCGCCUGGUUGCAACAAACGAGGAGAUCGCUGAGCUCCAUGGCCGUUUUCAGGCCGAGCUCGCGCGCCAGGCGGCGCAGGCGGCAGAGGCAGCGAAGCAGGCAGCAGCAGCACUCAGCGGACCCCUCGCGAAGCGUACAAACGGCACUAAACAGGCCCCACGUACGACUGCAGGCAAGGGUUCUGAUGCAAAGGGUGCUCUCGAGCAGUCUUUACUUGGAACGAAGGGCAAGGGCGGUAAGAAGAAGAAACGGUCCGCCCUGGCCAACGCUUCUAACCCGCACCACCUCCGGAACUACGUGCCGUCGCGCCUACCUCACAGCGGGCCUCCGAGUGCGCAGCAGGCGAUGCAGAACGCACAGAACCUGCUCACGCCGCUCCCUUUGCGCUUUCUGUCCGCAGAAAUCCCGCCGCGGCGCAGAAAGAAGUCGGAGCCGAACGUGACGCCAGUGUCGACGCUGACGAACCCAGCGGAGGAGUGGAUAUGCCCGUUCUGCGAAUACCAGCUGUUCUAUGGGGACGACCAGAGCUACGCACGGGCAGUGCGGAACCGCAAGAAAAUCUUGCGUCGGCGCAGGCGUGCUCGUGAACGCGCUGCAGCAGCAGCAAGCGGUGCUACUGCCGCCGCGGCCGCUGAGAAGGCGCAGGAUGACGACGUGCACCCUGGCUUUGAGACCCCUGCGCCGCUGCCGGUGGCCAAGGAGACUCCCCCUGCGGCUGGCAAGCAGGCGAAGUGGAAGGAGGGUGACAGAGGGGAACACGGAGUGGCAGCACAAGCUUGAUGGUGAUUGAGAGGUCGCCCAGGCACACCGUGCUGACUGUUCGUGCACGAUAGAGUAGCCGUUGCAUUACGCUCAUACCCGUCCACGUCCGUGUAGUUGUAUCGCACACACAUUCGUUUUAAUACGCAUUGUACACUCGUUGGAUGCGUUUGC